AUGGAAUUUUUUUUUUUUAUUUUAGCUGUAACUAAAAAUAAAUUUAAAGCUGCUCAUCUUCUAUUAAAAUCUGGUGUUAAUUCAAAUGCAUUAGGAUCUGAAGGACAAACAUUACUUAUUGAUGCUGUUCUUAAUAAUAAUAUUAAAAAUUAUUAUUUAACUGAUCCAUCUGUUAUUGAUUUAACUCAUGUAAAUGAACCAAUAUUAAAAAGAGAAAUAUCAAUAUUGAAUUUAUUAGAUAAUAAAUCUAUAAGUCAUUCAUCAUCAAUAUUAAAUGAUGAUAAUUCUCAAUUUGAUAUAGAAAAACUAGAUAAAAAAUAUUUUACAAUCAUCAUUAAAUGUUUCAAAAAAUCAACAAAAAAAAAAAAGUUUCUUUGA